AUGUUUUCGCGUCCAGAUAGCGACUACGAAGAUUACUACUGCUAUACAAGUGGGCGGUGGCUAUGGAAUGAAACCUCUCAGCUUCGCGAGCGGUAUAAACGUUUUAACGUGCUUGAACUUGAGAAGGUCGCGGCUAAAAGUGCAGGCGCGCAGGCUUGUGUAUCGAUCAGCAAGCUUGCUGAAGGAGGAUUCAAUAAAGUCUUUCGGCUUGUCAUGGAUGAUGGUACUGUCGUAAUCGCGCGUAUACCUAAUCCUAAUGCCGGCCCUCUGUUCAAGACAACUGCGUCUGAAGUCGCUACCAUGGAUUUUGCACGGACUGUCCUUGAGAUCCCUGUGCCAAAGGUAUUAUCUUGGAGCGGUGAUGCUGAAAAUCCCGUAGAGUCAGAGUACAUUCUGAUGGAGGAGGCGACUGGACGUCAACUCGGUGAGGUUUGGGACGAGAUGGAGCUUGAUGAUAAGCUCAAGAUUGUGGACGAUAUUAUCGCUAUCGAGAAAAAAUUCCUGUCACUAUCAUUCACACGUUAUGGAAGUCUUUACUUCGCGAAUGAUGCUUUCCCGGGCUGCGAAAAGGCCGAAAUCAUUGGAGAAGUGCCGCAAUCAUUGAAAAGAAUGGUCGAGGACCGAUUUGUGAUAGGUCCAGUCGUUGAUCGAGAUUUCUGGCACCGAGAACGAGCGUCUAUUGGUAUUGAUCGUGGCCCCUGGAAGAGACCUCAGGAUUAUUUGAUCGCAAUUGGCCGACGACAGAUUGCCUGGAUACGUAACCAUGCCGUCCAAAAGUCGACAGGUGGUUUAAUUGCAACCUCCGAGGCGCAGCGCACCCCAGAUGCUCACGUUGUCCUUUACAAGAAGUUCCUGGACGUUGCUGAAUAUCUAUUACCCGAGGGAGAUCAGAGUAGACCUACUUUAUGGCACUGGGAUAUUCAUGCCCCGAAUAUAUUCGCUCAGGACGGCCAUGUCACUACUCUUAUUGACUGGCAGGAUACGUGGGUCGGUCCUUUGUUUCUUCAGGCACGACAUCCGCGGCUUGUAGAUUACAACGGAGAGGUUCUAUUGAGGUUACCUGAAAGCUAUGAGACCCUUAAAGAUGAAGAUGAGAAAGUUCGCGUUCGGACUCAAGUUGAGAAGUCAAUUGUCUUGUGGGCAUACGAACAUGAGACCAAAAGCACGAAUCCGAUCCUCCACGACAUUUUCCACCUGCAUCAAGGCCGUACGAGGCGUGAUACCGUGAACUUUUCGACCAACACGUGGGACGGAGACAUUCUCCCCUUUCGGCAAUGUCUUAUUCGCAUAGCACGUCACUGGAACGAGAUCAACACUGAAGUUCCUUGCCCAAUAAAAUUCACAGAUGAAGAGCUUGAGGCACAUCUCCGUGAUUCAGAAGGCUGGAAUGAGCUUGCGGACUUCUGGGACUCCCUCCAAGGGUUUGUACAUCGCGACGGGUGGACGACGAAUGAGAAUUAUCCGCAAGCACUAGAAAUGUUCGCAGAACUUAGGGAGCAAGGAUUGCAGAGCUUGAGCGGUGACGAACGCUUGGCCUUUGAGGAGAGCACACGCUGGGCUGUCAAAAAGCCUGAAUAG